GACAUUUACGGGAAAAUGCUAAUACAGGAGGACGGCAGGAAAGAGGGGUAAAAUACGGUAGUUUCCCGGCCAACACUGGAGACAUGACAAAACACUAAGGUUUACUGUUCUCUGUUAUGAGGGAUGAGUGUACACUCUGGGUAAUGUGAAUGUUAUGUCCAAUAUUGUGAUUAAGACCUUCCAUCCAAUCCCGGCGCAGGGGGGCGUGUCCCGCCGGAAUGCGGGUGGGGAAAAAACCCAAACAAGCCGCCCUGGUGCUCAGCUGCAGCCGCUCAGGAGGGGUUUAUUCUCGGUUAGCUGGAUCGAGUCGGUCCGCCUGAGAGCCGCCGUGGACGGAAACUCCCCGCAGGCCGUGUGGUCGGUGUGCAUGCAGCAGAAUGGAGUCGGAGAUACGUCUAACGGAGCCGGAGACACGACGCUGCUGAGGCGGUUCGGGCCGGAGGGCCGCGCAGGCCCGCAGCCCAGAGUCAUGGUGGUGUUCUCGGCCGCGAGUGAGAGCGAUGAUCCGGAGGACGCGGGGCCCAGCCUGGGCGGCGCAGCGGCGGUGCUGGAGGAGCAGGAGCCCCGCAAAACAGCCACGGGGAGCCCACGGGGAAACCUGGGGAAAAGCAUACACCCGUUUAAUCCGGCUCAGGAGUUUCCUGAAGUGAUUCCUCUGAACGUUGGUGGGACAUAUUUUACCACACGUCUGUCCACCCUGCGGCGCUAUGAGGACACAAUGCUGGCGGCUAUGUUCAGCGGACGCCACCAUAUCCCCCGAGAUGCUGAAGGGCGCUACUUUAUUGACCGUGACGGCUCGUAUUUUGGGGACAUAUUGAAUUUUCUUCGUGAGGGGGAAUUGCCGCAGAGGGACCGGGUGCGUGCAGUACACAGAGAGGCACAGUAUUACGCUAUUGGACCCCUGCUGGAGAACCUGGAGGACACACAGCCUCUGACUGGAGAGAAAGUCCGACAGGCAUUCCUUGAUCUGCUGCCAUAUUAUAAAGAUAACCUGGAGCGAAUUGUGGAGAUAGCGAAGUUACGAGCAAUGCAGAGGAAGGCCCGCUUUGCUAAGCUGAAGGUGUGUGUGUAUAAGGAGGAAAUGCCCAUCACGCCGUACGAGCGGCCACUGUUCAACUCACUGCGGUUCGAGCGCUCUGAGAGCGAGGCUAAGCUGUUUGAGCAUCAUUGCGAGGUGGACGUAUCAUUUGGGCCGUGGGAGGCAGUGGCGGACGUUUACGACCUGUUGCACUGCAUCGUGAGCGACCUGGCUGACCGUGGCAUCACAGCAGACCAGCAGUGCAUCGGAGUGUGCGACAAGCAUCUCAUUAACCACUACUACUGCAAACGGCCUAUCUACGAGUUUAAAAUCACCUGGUGGUGAAGCACAGUACACUCUCAAAACUGGUGUGUUGAAGCUGCACUGCAACACAUUUAUCUUAUGCCAAACACGUGUGAGUGCUCAGUACUGUGGCAUAACCGGAAUAUGAUCAGAGUGCCAGAAAUCAUCCCCUCAACCCUCAUAACUACGCUGGUGCUGUAAUGUGGUCAGCUGAAUGAAGUGUGUUAUUAAGGUGUUAUAAUCACUCACACAGAACAAGGCUAUGCUCACAUUACACACCUCAUUGUUUAAGAUCUGAUCUGUCUUGAUCUAAUGGUUCACUUUUGUGUGGAGUGAUUCUUACCUUAUGCCAGGAAUCAAAUGAGUGAGAUUUAACACCACAUAUGAAAGGUUAUGUUUCUUAUAUCAGAUCUGCACUCAAAUUCGCAAGCGAUCAGAUUGGAUUUGUGUGGGAAAUGGGUUAAUGAGGUAACAAUAAGCGGCUUCAGUAACUACAUAGUAACACUGUUGAACCCGCACACGCACAUCAUGUUUCAGAUCCAAUGUGGUGUGGAUCCAACUUGCAAAAAAAACAUUUUCUUAUUAUUUUAUUUUGUUUUAUUUCUGUCCAAACUGUAUACAAUCAAGAUAUGCCAAAAUUCAUUUUUGGGGGGGCAGUCUUAUCCUAGCCAAAGUGCAUCACUGUUAGGUAGCUUAAAGAGCUUCUAAAGCGAAUAGCAUUCUAAUUAUGCAGACUUUGACAGACAUAUAGUGGUUUAUAAUGAAUACAACAUUUUUGAGAGUGUAACUGCAGCAGGUUGUGUUCAUGUAGAAGCUUCCUUAUAUUCACUGCAAAGGUUGGAAUGCUCUUCUUCUUUUUUGCUGUUUGCAGUUGAACAGUUCAAGAUUGUAAAGGGCGUUUUUCAUAUAAAACUAUUUAUUGUAUAGUUUAUUUAAUUUUAGCUAUUGUUACAAAUAUUUACACAUGAUAUUAUUUCCUCUAAAUGAACCCGCCUAGCCUUUAACACAGGAAAUUGUUGCAAAUCAACAAUUGAAACUUUAUAAAACAUUCUUUUACUUUGUUGGGCAGAACCGUGAUGGGAUUAAGAGUUCUUUGUGUAAAUAACUGUAGGUAUUGAGGUAAUGAAGGCUGCCUGAAUUUUUGUUAAGAAUCCAAGAGUAAUUAUUUUAUGUAUCUGUAAUAAUUCCUUUUUUUGAGUGAUGAUUUAAUUUAUUUGAAAUUAAGCACUGUUUGAGCUUUUUUAGUUUAUCAUGAGACUAUAUUGUAAAAAAAAAACACUGCAGGUUCAUACUGAGUUAAAAAAUUAAUCUCUUCAAAUACAAAAAAAAAACAUAAAUCUAAUUCAGCUCCAAUAGUGCUUUCAUUUUAGUUGGUGUUGUUUUGUUUUGUCUUAUUCUCGGUAUCUGGAGUAAGACUCUUGUUAAACAGUGUUGUGUAUAUCAUUCUUCAGCUGGGUCAGUGCUGAGUCUUUAUGCCCUGUGUUUGUGUUUUUAGCCUGUCAGGGCUAGAUUAACUGGAUUUGUUUAUGAAUUGUUAUUGUUUGUUCUUUAUUUGUGAACAAAGUUGGGCAAAUUUGAUCUUAUUACAUUUACAGCAUUUGAAUCAUGUUACACAGUAACAAAUAGUGUUGCCUAUGGACUCUUAUUGGUGUAGUGGGAUCUUCUUGCCCAGCUGGGGAAUCAACCACCGGUUGUUGAAGUUUGAGUGGGAUUUUCAGUCAUUAAAGCUGAUCCAAUCUCACAACUGCAGCUAAGGGAGAACACAGUAGUGGGCAGAAUGUGAAGAGAUUAUUUCAGACAAAUUUCUUUAAUUCUGCUGCCUAUCCAGACAUACCAAACAACCACAUUCAUAUUUCACAACCAAAAGCUCUGUCUGAGGCGUGCAGGCUCACGAGCUAACUUAUAAACUGCUACAAUCAUUCUACAUAUACUGCUGUUUGUUUGUUUAGUGGAAAGGUUAAAGAUUCAUCCUCAGUGUCAUUAUAGUUUGUUUUGGAAUAAAUCUGUAUAAUCUGUAUAAUAUUUUUUUAAAUUGUGAACUAAAGAGUAUAUUACUGAAUAACUGGACUGUUAGCCUUAUUGAAGUUAAGGUACCCUUGUGUUUACUCUGGUCUAAAGCAAACAGACUGCUGCUGGCUGCUAAUCCUCAGAUUUAUUCACUUUUGUAGCUCAUGCCUUAUUCAGGAGCACCAGAAAAAACUUCACUUUCAUAAACACUUAGGAACAGUUUAGGGCUGUCACCAUCAAUUAAAUUAAUUAUGAAUAUAGUAAAUAGUAAACUAAUUAAUGAAUAAUUAGUUUUAAAACAGGCCGAAUGUUAAAAUGGCUUAAAUGAAUGAGGAAUAUGUACACGUUGCUGUGCAUUACUAUAUAUUUACUAUAUAGUAUACUAUAUAGUUUUACUACAUAUUUUUAAGUUGUGCAAUAUACUACCACUUUGUUCUUUUGUUUUAAUACAAUAUUUUACAUUUUUAUUAUAACUUACUUCCAGAUAUGUUGUUAAAACUAAGAAUUAUAUUGAAACUAAUACAAUAUUGGGAAGGAAAAAGAAUUGUUAAUAUUUAUUUGUAUUGUUUGUCUGUCACUGAAGUGAUUUUUAUUUUCUAGAAACCCAGGGAUCCAAAUGGGUCACUGGGAGUGUAUUUAUAGGAUUCACACAGUAUUUACCGAUUUUGUAAAUAUAUAAAUCUGUGUAAUGUCAUGUAAAAUAUGCAUUAGCUUCAUGCUAACUGCUGACUAAUGUUAUGAUAAGGAAAUGUAAAUAGUAAUUUAUGAUAUAUGAUAUUUUAAUGUAUUGAGUUUUACUGAGUAAUUGUGACAGCCCUAAAUCAGUUCAGCUGUAGUGAUUGGAUCUUUAUCACCUAAAGCCGCUUUGAGGGCUGUGAAGGCCGUAACGUAGCAUGAGCUCUCAGCACUGCAUCAGCUUCACUUUACUCAACACCAUCCAGACUACUCUGACCUUAUUCUCCCCUCUCUCUCUAUCUAUCUAUCUAUCUAUCUAUCUAUCUAUCUAUCUAUCUAUCUAUCUAUCUAUCUAUCUAUCUAUCUAUCUAUCUAUCUAUCUAUCUAUCUAUCUAUCUCCAUUUCUCUCUCUGUCUCUCUCUCUCUCUCUCUCUCUCUCUCUCUCUCUCUCUCUCUCUAUGUAUCUCUAUUUCUAUCUCUCUCUCUCUAUGUAUCUCUGUUUCUAUCUCUCUCUCUAUGUAUCUCUAUUUUUUUUAUCUCUCUGUUUCUUUCUCUCACUUUCUCUUUAUUCUUUCUCUGUUCUCUCUUUCUGUGUCUGUGUGGACGUGGGUGUUUUUGCUGGAGGGAAUCUUGAUGCAGGACUACUUGCACUCUAGUGUAAAUGUGUUGAAUUAUAAUGUUUGUACUGCAUUAUUGUUCUACUGCUUUAUUGUGCUGACAAUAAACAUAUGUAUAUUUUGCCA